AUGAAAGGAAAACGUCAAAAGAAUACGUCAGAGGAACAAGGAAAUAUUGGAAACUAUACGAUAUUUGCAUCUCUCUCUCUCUCUCUCUCUCUUUCUCUCUCUCCGUGCACGACUUCAUAUUUAUUUUUUACUAUCUAUCUAUCUAUCUAUCUAUCUAUCUAUCUAUCUAUCUAUCUAUCUAUCUAUCUAUCUAUCUAUCUAUCUAUCUCAUUCUGUUCUUAUUCCAUUUUUGCAAGAGCUUACAAAACUUUUGGUGGUGUCUAUCUAUCUAUCUCUCGAUCUAUCUAUCUAUCUAUCUAUCUAUCUAUCUAUCUAUCUAUCUAUCUAUCUAUCUAUCUCUAUAUAUGCGUGCAUUUAUUUAUUUUUGUUUGCACAUAUGUAAAACUGUCCAUUUUUCCUUCCCCCUUUCCUUCUUCAUUUUCUUUCAUUCUUACCGGUAUUUUCUUUUAUUUGCGCAUUAUUGUGUUCUCUGAUUCAACCUUUUAUUUACUCCUUUUUUUCUUAUUUUUUCCCUUUUCUUUUCAUAUUUUUACCCCAUUUAAAUUUCUUCUUAAUAUUAUUUUUAUACUUAUUUUUCUAAUUCUCGUUCUUUGUCGCCACUCUUUUAAUCUUUCCCGUUUUCUUUAUUCGCUCUAUUUCUCUUGUCUUCGUUAUUUUCCAUUUAUUCUUUUAUUUACAUUUGUCCUGCAUUAUUUGCUACUUCGUUUCUCUGUUCUCUUUCAUUUUCGAUUUUCCACACUACCCACUCAUACUGAAAAGUUUCUUUUAAAAAUAUAA